UCAGACAAAUUGAAUUCAUUAGUGGUUGACUAUUAUGGAUCCACCACCACCGUCCGGUGCAACAACGGCCGCCGUGGCCGCCGCCGCUAACUUUGCAGCGACCUCCAUGCAGCACAACAACUAUCAGGAUUCCGUAGAAUCCUCACCCCGGUCCCACAAUGCCGACUGGGAUGACCCUCUCCCGCCAGUUCCAGGCGCCAAGCUCCGCCUCAUGUGCAGCUAUGGCGGCCACAUUAUCCCUCGUCCUCACGAUAGGACCCUCUGCUACGUCGGCGGCGAGACCCGUAUUGUCAUUGUUGACCGUCAUUCCGCUCUUUCCGACCUCUGCAUUCGCCUCUCCCGAACCCUCCUUAAUGGCCGCUCAUUCACCCUUAAGUACCAGCUCCCUCACGAAGAUCUCGAUUCCUUGAUUUCAAUCGCGACGGAUGAGGAUCUGGAGAACAUGAUCGAAGAAUAUGACCGAAUCGCCAUGGCUUUGCCGCCAAAACCUUUGCGAAUCCGUUUGUUCCUCUUCUUCACCAAGCCUGAAACCGUGGCUUCUAUGGGUUCGUUGCUCGACGAUGCCAAACACGAAACGUGGUUUGUUGAUGCCCUAAAUAACUCCGCUGUGAUGAUUCCGAGAGGGCUUUCCGAUUCGGCUACCAUGGAGUGUAUGGUGAAUAUCGACGCGGAUCAUGGGAGUGAUUCGUGUAAUGAUUUGGAAAAUGAAGGUCGCGAUUCUCUAGGGCAUAUUGACAAACAGAUUGCGACGAACGGUAAUUCCGCCCAAGAUGUGCAAUCGAUUCCUGAUUCUCCUGCUGUGGAAAAUGGUUCUUCGUUUGGUUCGUCUUCUUCGGUACCGUCAAUGUCCAACUUGCCGCCGAUACGCGUCCAUGUAGAGGAGGUGGAGGGCAGAGUUCAAGAUCCGAAGGCGGGACUGGAGGAACAGUUUGGGCAGAUGAAUUUUGGCGUACCUCCAAUUCCAACGGCGUUGGCUGCUGCCGGAACUAUUCAAUCAGGUGCUAUUUCAAAUCAUGCGAAUGCUAAUCGGGCUUUUCCCGACAACGAGAGACCGGACCAGAUGGGCACGGUGGUGUAUCGGAAGCCUCCAUUGCCAUUGCAGACCUUGCAAAACAGGGCUGUUGCUGAUCCUGCCGUUAGCGGUGGUUUUAGUCUACCGUCGCCGGAUUCUGCUGCCAGCGAAAGUAGCAUAACAUUUGCAAAUUCUCAGUCCAAACCAAUGUAUUUUCAAGAUCAAAUCAUGAGAGACAACACAGUCCCAGCCAUUCCCAUUGCAGAAAGCGAUGGUUUCAUGGCAAGUCAACAAGUACCAAUUCAACAACACCUCCAUGACCCUGCCUAUGUAUUAACAUCACAAUUAGAUCAGAAGCAGCCACAACAACCGCAGCAAUUCAUCCACACCACCACCCAUUACAUCCAUCACCACCAUCCUGCAGGGGCCGGGCACGUCCCGGUUCAAUCGUAUUAUCAUCCUAUUUACACUCAAACACCAUCUCAACAGCAACAUCAUCAACCAAUCGAUCAGCAAUACUCGGUGUAUCUAAUGCCGAUAACGCAGGCUCAACCAACCUACAACAUGUCUGUGCAAUCUAGCCCUGCUGAGACUUCAAUGGCUGCACCCAACUGGCAGGCAUCUGCUAGUCCUUCCAUUGUCCCUUCCCCAGUUAUCUAUAAUGAUAGUAAUCAACCGUCCCUGUAUCCUCAGAAAGUUACAGCAGCUAUGCCUGAAAUGGCGGGGAGUGUGUACAGAACUGCGGUGACAUCGACUCCUUCUCCCUUAUUACAGGUUCCUCACAACCAGUUCCAGCAACCUUACAUGGGUCUUCCCCAAAUGAACUAUCCAUCUCAGUCGAUAGCGGUCACUCCCGCUCCGUCGAGCACUGCUAAUUAUGGUUAUGAUUACACUAAUGCUCCAGUGCAGAACAUCCCUGCGGCUACCCUGAUGGCUUCUCAGUACCAAGCUAUGACACAGGCAGCAGCGGUGGCUCUAUCAGAUGCUUCUAGGCUUCUUCCUGCAGAUGGUACACAGCAGCAGAUCAGCAACUCAUAGGAAGAACGCGCUAAUCAUCAGGUAAGACAAGAAAAAUGUGUUGUGUUGUGUUUUGUUUGGCCUUCUUCCCCAAAUCAUUUUUAAGCUAUACUUAAUAGUAUUCAUGUCAUUCCAUUGAAUAUGAAUAAUGCAAGCAACUCUAUUCUCGUUGCUGUAUCUUGUGCUUUGAACUGAGAAAUGAACGACGGGUAUCAUUGUUGAAAAUUUU